CACCGUCCAUCCCCAAGGCUCAUUAGGACUCCACACGACACCGGACACCGGAAAACACUCGGCAAACCCGAACUGCUAUUGACCUUCACAUUGAAAUUGCCUGCACCGACCAACAGCCAACAUCGCGACACCAAGUUCCAACAGCAUCCAUCCGCCCGGCCACACACCUCACACGCCCCAGCGCGAGUGACUUCAAAUGUGGCCAGGAAUUACGGACUUUAUUGGGGGAAUCGUGGACGUCUCUGGCCCUGCAGUAGUGCUGCUUCUACUGUUCCCGGCAGCAAUAAUUUGCAUUUCCGCCUUGUUCCGCCUGCUCUCGCAGCGUCGACGGCAUCUCCCGAUUCCGGUCGCCGCGCUUCCGGUCGUGCUUCCAAUCGCCAGCCGACGCCGCCAGACUCCCAUUAAGUUCAUCCCGUCUCCGAUCCUUACCGCACACGAAAUGUCCUCUAGCACUAGCACCACCACUACCGAAAGCCUACCGCCGCUCCCGCCCACGACCACCGCUACGGCAGAUAGGCCUAACGGCCUCCUCACACCGCCGACUACGCCCGCGAAGGAGCUGCAGGAUCCGUACGCUGCGUUUCUGGCCCUCGUGGCUCCGGCUGAGAUGGCGGAUGCGCCGGUGGAGUUGCUGCACGAGGUCGUGUUUGCCGAUACUAUGGAGGGGGAGCUGAUGGGCUUAUUUGGUGGGGGUGAUGGGGGGCUUUUUGCUUCUUCUUCUGAUGCCUAGGUUUCCGCUACUGCGGAGGAGGAGGGUGGGUUCGUGGAGAUACCGGUAGAUGGAGACGCCGGAUAUCUAUGAUCUAUGAUCUAGGUAUCUGCGGUAUAACUGAUGGUGGAUUGGGACCG